UUGAAAUUAGAGAUGAAUUGAAUACAGUGUUGAGUCCACAAAACUUUUCAAACAAAUCGACCAUUAAUUCAAUGAAUGGUUCGCCAAAGAAAGUCAACUCACCCGUCAAAAGGAAGCCUAACGUUGCUCUCAAUAACUUAGUUAUUGACGAAGACGUGGAUAACAGCGACGAAAUAAGGCCACCGAAGCAAAAGAGAUCGCGUCUCAACUCUCCUCCCUCUUCUCGGUCUCCCAAGAAGCAGAGGACUUCUCCCGGCAGUCAUAACUCAAGGCCUAAAAACAUGAAAUCAAACGCUUUGUAUUGCGUUUGUCGGAAACCAUACGACUCGUCCAAGUUUAUGGUCGGGUGUGACAUCUGCUCGAACUGGUAUCACGUGGACUGCGUUGGACUCACCGAAGUACAGGCCAAGAAAGCCGAUCAAUACAUUUGUCCCAAUUGUGACAAAAUGAAGGCUAAGAACAAAGAGCUGUAUUGUUUGUGUCGGCGUCCGUACGACGAGAGCCAGUUCUACAUCUGCUGUGAUCGGUGUCAGGACUGGUUUCACGGCCGGUGUGUCGGUGUCUUGCAGUCGGAGGCGCAGGCCAUUGAUGAGUACGUCUGUCCCAACUGCCAGAGCGACUCACAAAUCAAUUUCGCGAAUCUUAAGCAACUGAACGCAAAGGACUUCGAAAAUCUCAAGAAAUUACUCAAAUCUCUUCAGACGCACAGAAAUUCGUGGCCAUUCCUGGCACCUGUCGAUCCCAAAGAGGUUCCCGAUUAUCAUCAAGUGAUUAAAGAGCCAAUGGAUCUGAAGACAGUAGAGAAGCGUUUGACGGACACGAGUUAUGACUCUUUGGCCCAAUUUAUAGGCGAUAUCACGAAAAUCUUCGACAACUGUCGCUACUAUAACGCCCGCAACUCUCCCUUCUAUCAGUGCGCAGAAGUACUCGAAGGCUUCUUUGUGGCCAAAAUCAAGUCAUUCCGAGAGGCCAUGAAGUGAUCACCACUUCUUAGUCUCCAUUUAGUUCUUCACAUCAAUGCUAACACAUAUGACAGACAUCUGUAUAUAAGUUAACCACAAAAUUGCCACAAAAACGCAUUUACUUAUAAAAUAGUUUUCUAUUAACUCAUUGUUUGUAAUAAAUUUAAUUUAUAAUUCAC